CUGUCACCCACAGUCAGGCCCCCUCGUUCCAGCGAUUACGCCAGGAGGUGAAAGUCACCAAAGAGUUUAACAACACAAAACGCAGCCGCAGUUCGUUUUAUGGGUUCAUUGGUUAGCCGAAGCGUUCCAGCAAAUAUGAGCGGUCCUGUGGCGGAAUUUGUGAAGAGUGCUAUCGCGAAGGAUAAGGUGGUGAUCUUCUCCAAGACCUACUGUCCUUACUGUACCAUGGCAAAGGAGCCCUUCAAGAAGCUGAACCAGGAAUACGCCUGCUACGAGCUGGACAAGCGCAACGAUGGUGACGAGAUUCAGUCCGUCCUCGGCGAACUGACCGGUGCCCGCACGGUCCCGCGCGUGUUCAUUGGCGGCAACUUUGUCGGUGGCGGUACCGACAUCAAGAAGAUGUACGACGACGGUCGGUUACAGAAAAUGUUGGCCUAAAACCACCACUAUCCGCUCGAAGCCGCUUUUUACUCUUCCAUCCUUCCAGCCGUGUAAGCGUGUAAAGUGUAAAGACAAACCGCGUUUUAUUAAGACUCUCUGUUGCAAAGGAAUCGUUCUGUUCGUGGAACCGAAGCACAAUAAAACUAACUGAUAGUUGGCUAGAUAAGCGAAACCGCA